AUGCGGAUCGAGGAGGAUAUCAAGCUCGAUUUCAAGGACGUGCUCAUCCGGCCCAAGCGCUCGACACUCAAGAGCCGCUCCGAGGUGACGCUGGAACGCACGUACAAGUUUUUGCACAGCAAGCAAGAAUGGACCGGCGUUCCAAUCAUCGCGGCGAACAUGGACACCACGGGCACCUUUGAAACUGCUGCGGUGCUGGCUGAGCAGGGUCUCAUUACGGCGGCUUCCAAGCACUACAGCAGCUCCGCGUGGGUGGAGCAGCCAGCCGAGGUGGUCAAGCAUAUGGCCGUGUCCUCGGGCAUUUCUGACAGCGACUUUGAGCGCCUGAGCGAGACGCUCAAGACCCGCCCAGACAUUCCCUUCAUCUGCCUUGAUGUGGCCAACGGUUACAGCGAAGCCUUUGUCCAAUUUGUUCGCCGCGUUCGCCAAGCGUUCCCCAACAAAACCAUCAUGGCCGGCAACGUGGUCACGCAGGAAAUGGUCGAGGAGCUCAUUCUUUCGGGAGCCGACAUUGUCAAGGUUGGCAUUGGUCCGGGUAGCGUCUGCACCACUCGCAAGCAAACCGGCGUCGGGUAUCCGCAAUUGAGUGCCGUGAUCGAAUGUGCCGAUGCGGCACACGGUCUGGGCGGCCUGGUCAUUUCGGAUGGCGGCUGCACUUGCCCAGGCGAUGUGAGCAAAGCCUUUGGAGCCGGUGCUGAUUUUGUCAUGCUGGGAGGCAUGCUGGCUGGCCAUGACGAGAGUGCCGGCGAACUCAUUGAGCGUGAUGGCAAGUUUUACAAGCAGUUUUACGGAAUGAGCAGUGACACUGCAAUGAAGAAGUAUCACGGAUCAGUGGCAGAAUACCGCUCGUCCGAGGGCAAGACAAUUGAGCUGCCGUAUCGUGGCCCAAUCAAAGCCACCAUUCUCGACGUGCUGGGUGGGCUGCGCAGCUCAUGCACCUAUGUGGGUGCCAGUACGCUCAAGGAAAUCUCAAAGCGCACCACCUUUAUCCGCGUUACCCAGCAGGUGUGUCCAGCUGUGCAUGUUCUCUGCUCCUGUUUGUUCUCUCACACAUGCCUGCGGUGA